CGGCUGGGGGCCCUGUCUCCCCUCGCCGCAUCCACUCUCUGGCCGGCCGCCUGCCCGCCGCCUCCUCCGUGCGCCCGCCAGCCUCGCCCGCGCCGUCACCAUGAGCCAGGCCUACUCGUCCAGCCAGCGCGUGUCCUCCUACCGCCGCACCUUCGGCGGGGCCCCGGGCUUCCCGCUCGGCUCCCCGCUGAGCUCGCCCGUGUUCCCGCGGGCGGGUUUCGGCUCUAAGGGCUCCUCCAGCUCGGUGACGUCCCGCGUGUACCAGGUGUCGCGCACGUCGGGCGGGGCCGGGGGCCUGGGGUCGCUGCGGGCCAGCCGGCUGGGGACCACCCGCGCGCCCUCCUCCUACGGCGCGGGCGAGCUGCUGGACUUCUCACUGGCCGAUGCCGUGAACCAGGAGUUUCUGACCACGCGCACCAACGAGAAGGUGGAGCUGCAGGAACUCAACGACCGCUUCGCCAACUACAUCGAGAAGGUGCGCUUCCUGGAGCAGCAGAACGCGGCGCUCGCCGCCGAAGUGAACCGGCUCAAGGGCCGCGAGCCGACGCGAGUGGCCGAGCUCUACGAGGAGGAGCUGCGCGAGCUGCGGCGCCAGGUGGAGGUGCUCACUAACCAGCGCGCCCGCGUCGACGUCGAGCGCGACAACCUGCUCGACGAUCUGCAGCGGCUCAAGGCCAAGCUGCAGGAGGAGAUUCAGUUGAAAGAAGAAGCAGAGAACAAUUUGGCUGCCUUCCGAGCAGACGUAGAUGCAGCUACUCUAGCUCGCAUUGACCUGGAGCGCAGAAUUGAAUCUCUCAACGAGGAGAUCGCGUUCCUUAAGAAAGUGCAUGAAGAGGAGAUCCGUGAGUUGCAGGCUCAGCUUCAGGAACAGCAGGUCCAGGUGGAGAUGGAUAUGUCUAAGCCAGACCUCACUGCCGCCCUCAGGGACAUCCGGGCUCAGUAUGAGACCAUCGCAGCUAAGAACAUUUCUGAAGCUGAGGAGUGGUACAAGUCGAAGGUGUCAGACCUGACCCAGGCAGCCAACAAGAACAACGAUGCCCUGCGCCAGGCCAAGCAGGAGAUGAUGGAAUACCGACACCAGAUCCAGUCCUACACCUGCGAGAUUGACGCCCUCAAGGGCACUAACGAUUCCCUGAUGAGGCAGAUGCGGGAACUGGAGGACCGAUUUGCCAGUGAGGCCAGUGGCUACCAGGACAACAUUGCGCGCCUGGAGGAGGAAAUCCGGCACCUCAAGGAUGAGAUGGCCCGCCACCUGCGCGAGUACCAGGACCUGCUCAAUGUGAAGAUGGCCCUGGAUGUGGAGAUCGCCACCUACCGGAAGCUGCUGGAGGGAGAGGAGAGCCGGAUCAAUCUCCCCAUCCAGACCUACUCUGCCCUCAACUUCCGAGAAACCAGCCCUGAGCAAAGGGGUUCUGAGGUCCAUACCAAGAAGACGGUGAUGAUCAAGACCAUCGAGACACGGGAUGGGGAGGUCGUCAGUGAGGCCACACAGCAGCAGCAUGAAGUGCUCUAAAGACAGAGGCCCUCUGCCACCAGAGACCGUCCUCACCCCUGUCCUCACUUCUCCCUGAAGCCAGCCUUCUUCCAGCCCAAGACAACACACCCAGCCUCAGUCCUCGCCUCACAGCCUCUGAUCCCUCCUCACUGGCCAUCCCUCGUGGUCCCCAACAGUAACAUAGCCCAUCCCUGCCUGGUCACAGGGCAUGCCCCAGCCGUGAGCCUUGGCUGUUGUCAGUGGGUGAGCCUGGCUCUUGUGCUGGAUGGAGCCCAGGCAGGAGCGGUGGCCCUGUCCCUCCCACCUCUGUGACCUCAGGCACUAGCCUUUGGCUCUGGAGACAGCUCCAGAGCAGGGUGUUGGGAUACUGCAGGGCCAGGACUGAGCCCCGCAGACCUCCCCAGCCCCCAGCCCAGGAGAGAGAAAGCCAGGCAGGUAGCCAGGGGGAGUAGCCCCUGUGGAGACUGGAGGGCUUGAAAUUGUCCCCGUGGUCUCUUACUUUCCUUUCCCCAGCCCAGGGUGGACUUAGAAAGCAGGGGCUACAAGAGGGAAUCCCCGAAGGUGCUGGAGGUGGGAGCAGGAGAUUGAGAAGGAGAGAAAGUGGGUGAGAUGCUGGAGAAGAGAGGAGAGGAGAGAGGCAGAGAGCGGUCUCAGGCUGGUGGGAGGGGCGCCCACCUCCCCACGCCCUCCCCUCCCCCGCUGCAGAGGCUCUGGAGAGAAACAAUAAAGAGAUUUGCACACAA